AGGGAGUAGCUUUUACUUUCCAGAAAAUUAGAAUUUUCAUGAAUUAGGAAGUAAUUACCAUAAAAUUUGAUUUUGUUAAACACUUCUUUAAUUCAUGGUAUAGUAAUUCUUGAGAAACAAUUUGAGUGACAUAUCAAGUGGCAUUCUCAUAAUUAUAAUAAACAAAUACUCCACAAUCUAAAAGUUGCAACGUACGGAGUAUAGUCUAUUUUAUACUUUAAAAAAAAUAAAAAUAAAAAAUAAUAAUAUUAAUAGAAAAAAAUCGUACUCCAUAUAUUUAAUAUUUAGAUUGUAUAUUUUGAUAAUUUAUUUACAAAAACACCUCCCAAUAUGCUUUGCUCACCAAUCAUGGGGAUUGACUGGGCGGAGCUCGUAAUUCUUUUUGAGACUGGUUUACAGUAAAUGACUGAAAUACCCCCAACAAGUGGAGAGGAAAUCAGAAUCCUCCAAGGCUCCAACCAAACCAAAUUCAUUUCCAUUUCCGCUCUUUUAUCCGUUGCGUUGCUUUGCUAUCGCUGAGCCGUAACCACCCAUACUUGCCGGAGUUUCCUCCCUCAUCGGUAUUUAAGGCGUCGCGCCACUCUGGACGCCGCCUUAUCACCUGCCGGAACACCUCCACGCCGCCUAUUUCGCUUUCUCUUCCCUCAAUUUUUUCGACGGCAUUCUUUUACUCCAUCAAUUUCGGCCAGUUUGCAAUUUCCUUUUCAGAAAGUUAGGGUUCUUUUUCCGACCAAUUAGUGUUAACUUACUCCAAUUAGCACCGCCAUUUUGUAAUUUCUCAAUGAAAAACCCUAAAAACCCAAUCUGCUGAAUAUAUGCUGAUAAUCAUGUCUAGGCUACCUGUUUUGAUGAGCAUGCCUCGUUUCAGCUUCACUCAAUAUCGCCCAAUUUUCUCUCUCCUCCUUCGAAGUUGCAACAAUGGCUGCCACACGCAAAAUGCAGCUCGUCUUCCUCUUUACUUUUACAAGAAAAAAACCCUUUUUUGCUCUAGUGAACUCACCCCCCUUUUCUCCACCUUAGCAGUUCCUGCUGCUUCAACUUCCUCAACCCAGGAAGACCCAUCAUCUGUUUCUUCUUCGGAUACGCAAUCGUUAUCGAAACGAUCGAGGAAAGCCCGGAACGAGACGCCUGAGUUUGUACUCAAGCGCAAACUUGAUAUGUGUUCCAAGCAUAAUAACCUUGAGGAGGCUCUGGACCUGUACAAUGGGGCUAGAGUUGAUGGUAUAAAGCUAGCUAUUCAUCAUUAUAAUGUCCUUCUUUAUUUGUGUUCUAAUUCUGCUGCUACUGAUAGUGGUAAUUGUAGUGGUAUUGAUAGUUUAGAAAAAGGCUUUGAGAUAUUUAGGCAAAUGGGUAUUGAUAAAGUUGUUCCGAAUGAGGCUACAUUUACUAGUUUGGCUAGAUUAGCAGCUGCUAAGAAAGACCCGGAAAUGGCUCUUGAUUUAGUUAAGAAAAUGAAGGGUAGUGGUAUUUCUCCCAAGCUUAGAUCAUAUGGGCCGGCAUUGUUUGGGUUUAGUGAGAAGGGGGAUGCUGAUGGAGCUUACAGGGUAGAUGCACACAUGGUGGAGUGUGGGGUAGUGGCUGAGGAGCUUGAGCUUGCUGCUCUUUUGAAGGUGAGUGUAGAUACGGGGAGAGGAGAUAAGGUCUAUGAGAUGUUGCAUCGAUUGCGAGCUAGUGUGAGGCAGGUCUCUGAAGAGACUGCUAGGAUAGUGGAAGAUUGGUUUUCAUCUGAGACGGCUAACGGUGUUGGGAUCGGUAAUUGGGACGUGGGAAAGGUGAGGGAAGGUGUAAUUAAGGGCGGGGGAGGGUGGCAUGGGCAAGGGUGGCUUGGUAAUGGUAACUGGAGGGUGGUUAAGGCCGAGAUGGAUAAGAACGGUUUUUGUAGUUGUUGUGGUGAGAAGCUUGUAUGUAUUGACAUUGACCCUAAAGAGACUGAAGGUUUUGCUUGUUCAUUGAGUUCUUUGGCAUCCCGAAAAGAAAAACUGGCUGACUUUUUGCAGUUCCAGAAGUGGCUUCAGACUCAUGGACCGUUUGAUGCAGUUGUGGAUGGUGCCAAUGUAGGCUUGACCGACUCACAUUCCUUUAACUUUAGGCAGCUUUACAAUGCUGUAUAUCAAUUACAAAAAAUCAGCCCUUCAAAUAAAUUGCCUCUUGUCAUUCUUCAUAGAAGUCGUGUUUAUGGUGGUCCAGCUGAAACUCCUUAUAUAAAGAAGAUGUUGGAGACCUGGAGGAAGGCCGGUUCCCUUUAUGCCACCCCACAAGGUUCAAAUGAUGACUGGUAUUGGUUAUAUGCUGCUGUUAGUUGCAAGUGUUUGUUACUUACAAAUGAUGAGAUGCGAGACCACUUGUUCCAGCUGCUAGGAAAUAGCAUUUUCCCUCGUUGGAAGGAAAAACAUCAGGUCCGGAUGACAGUCUCGAGAAGUGGUCUUGCCCUCCACAUGCCUCCGCCAUAUUCUAUUGUUACUCAAGAAUCUGAAAGUGGGAGUUGGCAUAUACCAACAGUAACAGGUGAUGACCUUGAAACACCUAGACAGUGGCUCUGUGCUACUAGAGCCACUAAGACUAGAUCCAAAGUUAAGGCCCAAUUGUCCAAUCUAUUCUCAACAGGUUGAUCACUUCUCUGAUGGAGAUUAAGAGAGAGAGAACGAUGGAAUCUAUUGCUAGUAGUUAUUACUUUCUGUUUCUGCUUCAUUAGAGGAAGUGGUAAUGUAUUGAGAUUGAUAUCUCUUAGCGUGCAUUAUCUAUUUUAAUGUAGCUGUUGGUAUCAUUAUUUGGGAAAAAAUUUCCCUUGUCGUUGUUUCUCCCAUGAAAUAUAAUGAAAUCAUAUUCCUGAA